UGGUAACUCUAGCAUCCCUGUUGUAGUUGUUUCUGCAGAAUCUUGCAGCUCGAUUUUGUACCUUUCCACUUUAUCUAUCUGGAAAGAGUACGAACAAUGCUACGUCAUCAAACACGUGAUGAGACAAUACUACGUCAUCAAACACGUGAUGAGACAAUGCUACGUCAUCAAACACGUGAUGGGUAGCCAAACAUCAAGAAGCUAUCCUGGCUAAUGAUUCAUCAGCCAUCUUACACAACCUCUUCUCUUGGGUAACACAAAUCUUCACCAAGUUGUAUAAGUCUCAGUCUUUUUUCAUUGCUCAAGAUGGGAGCUCUCGUGAAUGUGUUCCUUGUGGUCUGCUUUAUGAUAGUCGGACAGGUCUCAACCAUGACCAGCCCAGAUCUACAGCAGAGGCUACAGGAUCUCGACACUUUCAUCCAGGACCUGAUGACAUGUGAGUCCAGGCCUGUAGUCGGACUGACCGUGUCCGUGGUCAAGGACGGCCAGACCAUUUUCGCCAAGGGGUACGGCCAAAGGGACCUGCAGACGGGACAAGCUGUGGACAACAGGACUCUCUUCGGAGUCGGCUCCAUCUCCAAGUCCUUCACCUCAGCCCUGUUAGCGGCCAUUCUCGGGGAGAGGGAAGACGUAAGCUGGGACACCGUCCUGACGGACAUCCUGGGGCCGUCCUUCAGGUUCAGGGACCAGUUCCGUACCGAAGAAGCGACCUUACGAGACCUUCUAGCCCACAAAAUCGCGCUAGAGAACCCGUGGUACGUUGCCGUAAUAAUGGGACAAGACAUCGACAGAGCAGAAUUUUCAAGACGAAUGCGGUACUACAGGGAGAUCUACCCAUUCCGCACCACCUUUCGUUACAAUGACGUCAUGUACACGCUGGCCGCUCACGUCGCCGAAAAGCUCGCCGGAAAACCCUUCGAGACCCUCCUGCGAGAACGAAUCCUACAGCCACUGGGUAUGAACGACACAGUGUACUUAGCCGAGGCAUUAGAAGCUGGAGACUUCACCAACUUUGCCCAAACGUACCUGUCCUACAACAGAAGCGGCGAAUCGGAGAUGCGCAGUCGUGAGGAAUACAGGUCUGUCAAGUUGCAUCUUCCAGCAGCGGGUGUGGUGUCCAAUGCCUUGGACAUGGCCCGGUACAUGAAGUUCCACCUCAGCGGGGGGAGGGACACGGCCGGCCGCCUGGUGGUCCCGGAGGACACCUUACGGCAGACCCAAACCGCGAGCGCCGUCAUGUCCUCGUACUGGGACAAAGUCGAGCCGUACUGGCCAGUAGAAGCGUGGCUGACGCAGGGAUAUGGAAUGGGUCUGUCUACCGGUUCCUAUAGAGACGGAGCCGAUGCUCUGCUUUGA